CCAGCCAUCACAACCACAGCCCCUCCAGCCUCAUAUGCUCAGAAGAAGAAGCCGAGCAGCUUGCCGCCAACAUGCUUCCGACGAGCCUCCUACAAGCACAUAACAUCAUCACACCACACCAUACACAGCACGAUGAGCAGAUCGAUGGUCCGUAAGAAGUGGCUGAUUUGAUCUGCUGCCUGCCAUCAAACUGUCCGACUGACUGACCUCAUGGUCGAGUAUGCCGUCAGAGGUGGUGAGCACCAGGUGGCCAAACUGCCUGGAGGGCAGGAGGUUCUCGCAGAUCUGCUCGAUGUCGCCCAGCCGGAUGUCGUAUCGCGGCGAGAUGACGGCGCACUUGUUGAUCCGCCCCAGCAGGUCCACCACGAUCUUGCCGCUCCGGUGGUCGUCGACGAUCUCAAAGUCGCCGAUGUAACCUGGGUAGGUGGCCAAGAGAGAAUGGAACAAACGUGUUGACACAUCCAUCCAUCCAUCGUGAGUCUGUCUGUGUUAGAGUUGGUGUCCGUCGUUGUGUGGUGUGGAGCGCACCUCUCUUCUGCAUGCACUUGAGGAACUUGACAAUGACCUUGGAGGCGGGACGGAUCAACACCUGACCAACCGAGCAACAGCCACACAGACAGACAGACAGACAUAGCCAGGAUGUCGUGUGGUGUCUGUGCGUCACAUACCUGUCUUCGCCCCCUCCGCUCGGCGUUGACAAUCGACUUGAGGCAGUCGUUCAACACGCUGAUGCGAACCAUCUGGCGCACACACACAGAAAGGGAUGAUGUUCAUCGUCGGCGUCUGCGACUGCUCAGCGCACACACAGCCUCCCUCCCUCCCUGUCCUUCCUGCCUGCCCUUCUCGCAGCAACACACUCCCACCUCCCUACGAGCAAUCCCUCCCUCCCCCCGUGCCUGCCGCCUGUCCGACCCUCCAGUCACUAUCUGGCUGCCUCGGAAGGCACAAACUACUGAUCUCUCCACUUUCUUCACGCCAUCUCUUCCCAUACGUGUCCCUCUCACCUUGGUGGCGCACGUGCGUGUCCAGGACCUUCCUUGCCGG